AUGUGUUUCAACACCUUUAUUCAGCACAUUAAAGCUGAUAAAUACCGCCAAUUUGGUUUCAUGACCAAAGUUUUAAAUCCAAUCCAUUGGUUCCAGUUUGCUGACGAUGCAGCCGUUAUUAGCGGUCAAGAGAGCAAAAAUCAGCACCUUUUAAAUCGCUUCUCAAUCUGGGGUCAAUGGUCAAACAUGAUUACUCGAGUCGACAAAUGUAGUACAUUUGGCAUUAAGAAAAGUCUGACAAAAUCAAUCCAAUACCUACCGAGACUCCUCAUUGACAAUAAAUUAAUACCGGCCACCAAAAUAGGAGAGUCUUUCCGAUACUUAGGGAAAUAUUUUGAUUUCAAUAUGUCUGACAAAGAUCACAAACAAGAACUAAUCACCCUCCUUGAAGAUAUCAUGUCAGAAAUUGACCUCAAACCGCUACACCCAAAGAACAAAAUUUUACUCUAUAGUCGUUAUCUCCUAUCGAAAUUCUCCUGGCAUUUUACUGUCGCUACCUUAUCAAAAACGUGGGUUUCUGAAAACAUGGACUCAGUAGUUAAUAAAUUCGUACGGAAAUGGCUUGAAAUACCCGUAUCUGGAACUUUAAGUAAUGUCUUUCUAACAAGUAAUAAAUUUGGACUAAAUAUAUACCCUCCAUCCGUCAAGUUCACUCAGUGCCAAACAGUCUCUCGGAAAGCCUUAAAAACCUCUCCAAAUGAUUGUAUAAGAAAUUUAUGGAAAUCAACUUGCGACAAUACUAACAUACAGUACGACGUCUACACCUCAACAAAGGAAGUUCUUAAAAGUUUCAAAUCUGCACAAGAGGACAAGCUUCAAAAUCAUCUGCUUCUCCAAGGCUCCUUUUUCUCUAACACCACCAAGUUCUCGUUGUCUACACUAAACAACCUAUGGUCCAAAUCUCAAUCCAGCUUGCCAAAAAGCAUCUAUAACUUCACCAUCCGUUACAUCAACAACACUCUUCCCACACGCAAGAACCUCACAAAAUGGGGAAUAAUGUCAAACUCGGAUUGUUCCCUCUGCCUGAACCCUGAAACUCUUCUGCACGUAGUCGCGGGAUGCCAGUCAUACCUUCCACGAUUUACUUGGAGACAUGACUCCAUUCUCAAUUUUGUCGCAAAAAUAUUCCAACCUGAACACAACUCCACGCUGUUUGUUGUUCUUCCUGGAUACAAGAGCCCAUCAAUAAUAACCGGUGACACUUAUCGCCCAGAUCUGCUUCUUUCGAUUUCAAAUAAUUGUCUGUACAUACUCGUACUCUCUGUCGGAUAUGAAUCCAAUCUCCAAAACAACGUCGAUCGCAAAAGGGAAAGAUACAAGGAUCUAUUUACGCAGCAGAAAGACCAUUUCAAAACUGUCAAAUUUAUUAAUUUGUCUAUUAGUGCCAUAGGUGUUUUCUCAAAAGAAUGUAGCACGUUUAUGAAAAUGUUGAACGAAGUUGGUCUUGAUAAAAAACAUCAGAACUUUUGUGUUAAGAAAAUAAUGUCCAUCGCCAUCAGAACAACGUACUAUAUAUUUUGUUGUAGAAACAAGGAUUGGACCGAUCCGGACUUGAUGAAUAUUUAA